UUGAGGUUUUCCAACAGAAACCUCAAAUAAACCCUUGUUCUGUUUUGUCGUUGGUCGCCAGAAACCAUGGAAGAGGAAGCAGACCAAGAACAUGAACAUGAACAUGAACAAGAACAAGAGCAAGAACACAUUUCACCCACCGCAACCACUCAACAAGACUACACAUGGCCUGUAAUUAGAUAUAAUUUGCCCCCACAAAGAACCCAUCAUUUCUUUAAACAAUUCAGGACAAGCCCUAACAAUUUCCUGAAAGGCAUUAAAUGGUCUCCUGACGGGUCUUGUUUUUUAACAAGUUCCGAGGACAAUACCUUGCAUUCGUUCUCAUUACCAGAUAAUGGUAGUGGCAGUGAUGCUGAUGGGUGCUGUUUAGCUAUUGAUGAAGAUUCAUAUGAUGCAAGUCUUAUUGUGAAGGAAGGGGAGUCUGUCUAUGACUACUGUUGGUAUCCUUAUAUGACUGCUUCAGAUCCUGUUAGCUGUGUAUUUGCUACUACAACUCGUGACCAUCCAAUUCAUCUUUGGGAUGCUACAUCUGGCCUGCUGCGCUGCACAUAUCGUGCUUAUGAUGCUGUGGAUGAAAUAACUGCUGCCAUUUCAAUUGCAUUUAACCCAGCUGGAACUAAGAUAUUUGCUGGAUACAAUAAAUCUAUCAGAGUCUUUGAUAUACAUCGUCCUGGUAGAGAUUUUGCACAGUAUUCGACUAUUCAAGGAAAUAAAGAAGGACAAACAGGUAUAAUAUCUGCAGUUGCCUUUUCUCCAACUCACACUGGAAUGCUAGCUACUGGUUCUUACAGCCAGACAACUGCAAUCUAUAGGGAAGACAAUAUGGAACUCUUGUACGUUUUACAUGGCCAAGAAGGUGGGAUUACACAUGUCCAGUUCUCAAAGGAUGGAAACUAUCUUUAUACUGGAGGCAGGAAGGACCCCUAUAUCUUGUGCUGGGAUAUACGGAAAGCUGUUGAAGUCGUGUACAAAUUGUAUAGAUCCUCAGAAUACACCAACCAGCGGAUAUUUUUUGAUAUUGAGCCCCUUGGCCGACAUCUUGCAACAGGUGGUCAGGAUGGUUUGGUUCAUAUAUAUGAUCUACAAAAUGGGCAGUGGAUUUCUGGAUUUCAGGCUGCAACAGACACGGUUAAUGGUUUCGCUUUCCACCCAUUCCUUCCUAUGGCAGUCUCUUCAUCAGGGCACCGAAGAUUUAAAGUUCCUGAUGGCUGUGAUGAGAAUUUGCCUUUGACUGGUUAUGAGAACUGUGCCUCCGUGUGGAAUUUCUCCUGUGCUGCUUCAAUGGAAGAAGAUGGCAUCAACAUCGAUGGUGGUGAUUUUACUCAAUCUGAAAAUGAAAUCCUCCACCAGGAUCCUUGAGUCACUCCUCGAUGGCCUUAUGCCCAUACAUCUCAUCUUAACAUGGAAGUAAAUCGUAGAGACAAGCAACAUUCGCCUGAAUAUUGUACCUUCUACCAUUAAAUAGGAGCAGAGAGACGUUUACAUUCUAGAGCUGAAUUUGGACUAAUGUGAUGCGCAGUGUUCAUUCUAGCAACUAAGAAUUGGUGAAGAUAUUACAAGAAGGUGAAGUUACUGCGUUUGUAACCGAGUCAUUACAGAAAACAAAAGGGAUUCUGGUCAA